CUCUCUAUCUCCUCACCAAUCUCAAAACCUCUCUCUCUCUUGAUUCUUCAGCUUUUUUUCCGGUGGAGUUCAGUUUUUUUCCGGCGAGAGUAACCAUAUCAUCUAAAGUCAUCAAGAUCUAACCUUCUUCUACAACCAUGGCUAUGCAGGAAAGUUUAUGUGACAGAGCUUCUGAUGAGCUUAUAUCUUCCACAGAUGCCUUUUAUCUCAAGACAAGGAAGCCUUAUACCAUAACUAAACAAAGAGAGAAAUGGACUGAAGCAGAACAUGAGAAGUUUGUUGAAGCUUUGAAACUCUAUGGUAGAGCUUGGAGACGUAUCGAAGAACAUGUUGGAACAAAGACUGCUGUUCAGAUUCGAAGCCAUGCUCAGAAGUUUUUCACCAAGGUUGCUCGUGAUUUUGGUGUUAGCUCUGAGACUAUUGAGAUCCCACCUCCAAGACCGAAGAGGAAGCCUAUGCAUCCGUACCCUAGGAAGCUUGUGAUUCCAGAUGCAAAAGAGAUGGUGUAUGGUGAUCUAACCGGAGCCAAGCUGGUUCAAGAUGAAGAUAACCGAUCUCCUACAUCGGUUUUGUCAGCUCAUGGCUCAGAUGGUUUAGAUUCCAUUGGUUCUAAUUCACCAAACUCUUCUUCAGCUGAUUACCAACACUCACCGGGGCAUAAUGAGUUAUCAUCUCACACAGAGGAGUCAUUGUCUCCAGAAGCUGAGACAAAACAAAGCCUUAAGCUGUUUGGGAAGACUUUUGUAGUUGGUGAUUACAACUCUUCAACUAGCUCUGAUGAUUCUGAAGAUGUCAAGAAGUCAGAAACACAGUCGGUUCUAUGUUCUUCUUCUUCCUCUUCGGAAAACAUCGAAACGGAAAUGACACUACGGGUAUCACCCGAGUUUAAAAGAAGCGAAAGAUCCGCUUUCUCUCAGUUGAAAUCGUCGGUGGUGACCGAGAUUAGAGGGUUCAUGCCUUACAAAAAGAGAGUAAAGGUGGAAGAAAACAUUGACAAUGUGAAAAUGUCAUAUCCUCUAUGGUGAAAGUGUGUUUUGUUUUGUGUAAAUCCUUACUCUUAAAGUUAGUUUGUGUAACUUCUUUUGAUCUCAACUUCAGUUUUUAUGUGUAUAAUCUCAGAGAAUUAGGGAAAGUUUUUUUUGGUUUAGAUUCGUAAGAUCACUCCAAAGUUUCAUUGUCUUUCCAUAUAACCAGUCAGAAAUUGAGAUCCCUUGUAAUUUACAUUUUUAUUUGAUCCAAUCAAAUCUUAUUGAUACUCAAAAUUGUUGUGCAA